UCAAGAUUGAACCGGAACAGGAAAUUAGGAAGUACGAUAUGUAUGACGUAGUAUGUUCGGAAGUAGUUGCCCACCGCUACACAAUAAUUUGAAAAAAACAAAAAACAGAUUUAUAUUCUAUACGUUCACGCUUAGCAUUUUUUCCCAGUAGUGUUUUUUAUUUUAAAGAGAAGGUUAAACAUAUUUGAAGUUCUUUCAGGGAUUUAAGAGAAACCGACAGUAAGUCCUCGCGCUUUAUUAACGUAUUUGUUUAUUUUUAAGCCGCAUGUCCCAUGAAUGCAUUUGACAUACAGUAUGAGGUUCGAUAACUGUCCUUUAGCUCCUUUAGCUCCUUUAGGUCUGUUUACUGUUUCAUAAAAGCCACUUUCAAGGUUCGGUGAAUUGAAAUGCCAGCACCUCCGCCCCCUGUCACCAUGCCUGUUCUGUUGGAGAGACCGAAACUGUCCAACGCCAUGGCCAGAGCUUUGCACAGACACAUCAUGAGGGAGAGAAAACGCAAGAGACAAGAGGAGGAAGAAGUGGACAAAAUGAUGGAGCAGAAGAUGAAAGAGGAAGAAGAGAGGAAAAGGACAAAGGAGAUGGAGGAACGAAUGUCUCUGGAGGAAACAAAAGAGCAGAUUCAGAAGUUGGAGGAGAAACUGCAGGGUUUGCAGGAGGAGAAACAUCAGCUGUUCCUGCAACUUAAAAAAGUCCUUCAUGAAGAGGAGAAGCGCAGAAGAAAGGAGCAAAGUGAUAUUACAACCCUGACUUCAGCCAGUUACCAACCCAGUAUACCUCUGCACUCAGGACAACACCUGCUCAGCCUGCAAGGCAGUCCUGUAAGCCACAGUAGGCCUGGAGGUCUGUUGGCAGAACGUGGGAAACAGUUGUUUCAGACACCUGGUAUCCCUGGCCGUCACUUCCCUGGUCAGCCUGCUUUUAUUCCAGGCUCUACUGAGCAUGCUCAGUUUUCAGCCAGCCCUGCAGUUCAUGAGGCGUACGCAGUCACGCAGGCUCAACACCCCUCCACCUACGGCCCAGCUGCAUCUGUCCCCAUCAGCUUCUCAGGAACGCCGAUCAGGACUGGUGCUUCCGCUUUCCAGACCAUGCCCUACCUGCCCCAUCAGCCCCAGGGUUACCCUGUCCACAGCCACUUUGCUUCCCAGCCAGGAUUCCUCUCCAGUGCCACUAUACCCCUUCAGAAGCAGCUAGAACACGCCAAUCAGCAGUCUGGUUUCACUGACUCGGGUGCCCUGAGGCCUGUACAUGCACAGGCUCUAAGUGCUGCAGGACUGCCUUCACCUUCACUAGCUGUUCAAAUUCCUAACAUAAAGGCCCAGUUUCAGGGUUCUCCUCAGCCAGCUCCCCGUCAUUACCUCUCACACCCACAAGCUGGACAGAGAUUCUAUCACCAUAACAAGUAACUAAAAGCAGACAAUGUAAAAAAAAAAUUAUGAAGUUUACUCUCUUCAUGUAGCCAUUACAGGAGGGAAUUGUUUAAUUAAUAAUAGCCAUUGCUUACUUGUUUUUUUCUUUUGUAUAAUGGAUACACUGGUUGUCAAAAGUGAUUCGAUCAUAGAUUUAAUGCUUUUGUUCAAAUACGAUAGAAAUGUCUGAUAUAGAAAGUAGUUUUGAACAGACUGAAUAAAAAUACACAUGUGAA